UAAACAAUAAUUUCUGGUACACUGAUUGUUAUAUUUGGUUCAACAAUUGCAUGCCAGGAUUGACAAAUUAAAAGAACACCACAAUAGGUGUGAAACUCGGUAUGAAUCUACGGCAGAAAAGCGAAACGCUCUUCAAAGACAGCGAACCUUACUCCUACUGCAAUUGGCAAACUUGGAUAAAAUGCUGGGCCCAGAAUCACAUCCAGUCACUCAACCAGCAGAAGAUUCUGUGAUACCCUCACCAACAGACACACAGGUUGCCUUCCAAAACAACAUGGACACAGAUUCCAGCUCUGCAGAAGAUGGGAAUGUGUCCCACUCCAAUCCCAAGUUUAAAAAACAAAUGCUUGGAUAUGAUUCUGAAGACUCACUAAGCAGCAUGGAAAUAACAGAGGAUGAAUAUGUGCCAGGGUCAGAUUGUGAAAGUGAGAUCAGCUCAGAGGGAGGCAGUAUAUUAAAGAAAAAUGCUGCCACCAUGGCCAGUCCUGCUGUUAAAGAUGGAACAAGAAAAACAUACAAGGGACCUAGAAACCGGAACUCUGAAUCUGACACAACUGGGGAAAGCUCCAUAACUUCACUUACAGUCAUGCACAGUCAAAAGACUGACGAUGGAUCUAGAAGAUACACCAAAAAACAUUACUGUCUCUUUUGUGAGAAACCACAAUCCAAAAUCGCCAGGCAUCUGGAACUUGUUCAUGGAGAUCAAUCUGAAGUCGCUAAGGCCAUUUCAUCUCCAAAGAACUCCAAGGAAAGAAAGCUCCAACUGACUAUACUAAGGAAACGGGGACAGAGCACACAAUGUAGAUGUCAUUAG